UUAUUUUGAAGGUUUUGACCGGAAGAUGUGUUUUAUUCCAGCCCAGAACCGAAACAUGAAUGUAACUCACUACUUGGUCACUUUCGCUGUCAUUUGGACUCAGUCAUGUCGAACAAUAGCGCCGCCAACAGCAGUUUAGUCCUCGCCCAGAAGGCAGUGAAACAGCUUCGUCUCGAGGCCAGUGUCCGUCGGAUAAAGGUCUCUCAGGCUGCUGCAGAACUGAAGACCUUCUGUUUGCAAAAUGCCCACAAAGACCCUCUCCUAACUGGGGUGCCCUCCAGCGAUAACCCAUUCAGGCCUCCCAAGUCAUGUGUCCUCCUCUGACGUGUGAGUGGCUUUGAAGGAGUGCAAAACACUCAAACAGAUGCCUAUAAUGUGGAUUUCUGUCAUGUGCCUGCUGCCUCGGAAGAUAAAGAAGCCAAGAAUUCCCCCCCCCCCCCCCCCACACACACACACACACACACACA